UGCGCCUGAAAAUGAUACACAGGAUAGCGACGGUGUCAGUUUUUACCAUCGUACUGUUUUGCUGGUGCCGUCAGGUGUGUAGCAAAAAGUUAACGCUGGAAAGCUUUGAGCAAACGGUAGGUGAGGAUGUGAUGUGGCUCGAUCUGCGAGUUCGAAAGUACAACAGAACGUCUUCGGUAAUAAACGGCACGAUUCAUUUGUUUGUCGAUGGUACCAACGAUUAUAAGUUUCAAUUAGACUUAUUCUACAGCCGGCUCGGUAACCAGCAGUUUAACCAUGUGCCAAUGAAACUGCCAACCGCGGGAAUAUGCGACUUUAUGGAUCACAUCUACACAAGCUAUCCGAAGGAGAUGCAAUUUCUAGUGAAUGGACCAGAGAUAGGCGAGUGUCCCAUCAACAGGAGAACAAUGUACAUAUUUGAUCAGGAAUUUCCGACCGAAGCCAUACCGGAUAGAUUACUCAGGAAUGGGCUGUGGAAAGCGUUGGUACGCUGUCAUCUCUACGGCAAGGAGAUUAUAAACUACAGCAUAGUAUUGAAAGCGUCCGAUAACUGAACAGUGUGUAGGUCCUCUUAGUCAGUUCACUUUAACAGUGUGCAAAGGUUGAACUAAUCUUAUUUCAUUGGAAAAUAAAUUCUAAGCGCUUGGAAGUCUCAAAUUAUUGGUCAUAGAAGUAUAACGUUUAUCACAUUCUCGUAAUGCUAUG